AUGGGCGCCAGCGGGCCCGAGGUUGAGAACGUCGACGGGGCAUGCGGGCGGGCACGAAACACGAACGGCAUCGCGGCGCUCGACUUUGUCGCGUGCGUGCUGCGCUUCGCGAUCACACGCGAGACGGAGUAGGGGUGAGUGUGGCUUUGCCUCCGUGCUCCGACUACGGUGCUGUCUUGAGGGGGUGGCCGCAGGGAACACGCAACACCGCUGGCUGAUGGCGCUGUUUGGUCUUUGUUUGGCAAUGGGAACCUGUGUGCAGUUGUGGUGAGUGUGGCUCUGCCUCCGACCACGGUGCUGUCUUGAGGGUCUGUCUCCGUAACUGCUAGCUAGGAUUGUGCACGAUUCGGGGCGGCCAUGUGGCGGGUCUCUGAUGGGUCUCUCUUGGGGGCGAACAGGUCUCAGGUGAGACGUCUUUGUCUCACUGACUCACUGUUGUUUCGUCCCUGUCUCAACGCUGUGACCUGUGUCACAAAUGUAUGUCUCAGUAAUACGAUCUCCCAGACUCUCAGCGAUCUCUGUGCUGUCUCA